AUAUUAAGUGCAGUGGUUCUUGAGGGGGAGGGGCUAGCUUGCUGGGGGACGCAUCCAGCAACGGUUCUCCCGAGACUCCUCCCCACCCCCACUAUCUCGGCCCAUCUUUUCUUUCUCGGUCCUCGGACUAAACGUCCAGAACCCGGGGUGAAGCAAAUAGCGCCCCAAAGCAACUCCCGCAACCUUCUACGUGAACUACACCUUUAAACUCUCACUCCUUCCCAAACCGGACCCCGGAGGCGCCACCCACAUCCGUCUAACAUCACUUCCUUCAGGGUUAGGGGAAAAAAAAAAAAAAAAGAAAAUCUGGGAACGCGAACGGCUGGGCUGAUCCACACUUGGGAAACCGCACGGACCUUCUCCUAGGACUUCGUCGGCCCUACGUCUGCUCAGCCCAGUGGCUCCGCGCACCUGCCACCAUGGAGCUGCGGCCUCGUCUCGGGGCCACCUGUUUGCUGGGCUUCAGUUUCCUGCUCCUCGUCACCUCUUCUCAUGGACCUAAUGGGCUUGGAAAGGGUUUUGGAGAUCACAUUCAUUGGAGGACGCUAGAAGAUGGGAAGAAGGAAGCAGCUGCCAGUGGAUUGCCCCUGAUGGUGAUUAUCCAUAAGUCCUGGUGUGGAGCUUGCAAAGCUUUAAAGCCCAAAUUUGCAGAAUCUACAGAAAUUUCAGAACUUUCCCAUAAUUUUGUUAUGGUAAAUCUUGAGGAUGAAGAGGAGCCCAAAGAUGAAGAUUUCAGCCCCGAUGGGGGUUAUAUUCCACGAAUCCUGUUCCUGGAUCCCAGUGGCAAAGUGCGUCCUGAAAUCAUCAAUGAGAAUGGAAACCCCAGCUACAAGUAUUUCUACAUCAGUGCUGAGCAAGUUGUUCAGGGGAUGAAGGAAGCUCAGGAAAGGCUGACGGGUGAUGCCUUCAGAGAGAAACAUCUGGAAGAUGAGUUGUAACAUGAAUGCAUCCCUUCUUUCCUCAAAGUUAUUGUUCUGGAAGAAAGCAGCAGGGAAGGGAAUACUGAGGAAUCAGAACAAUUGAAUGGAUCGGAAAACCUUGCUCCUUCCCACAUGGGAAGGGCCCCUCUCACUGUUGGAAGAGUUCUGCUGCCAGAAACUGGUCUCCAUGUUUGUGAUCCAGCAGAGUGUGGCAGACUUCCUGGUCCUGUCCCCUCUCACCUAAAUAUCUCUUUGUCAUUGAAGGUAAAGAAUGACACCUUUUGACAUAAAACUUGAGCCAUUUGGAGAUUUACUCCUCACACUGCAGUAUUUGAAUCUUUCCAUUUCCUCCUGCUUAACUCACCUUGGUGGUGAAAAGAGACCAGAAGCAUCUUUUCUAUAAUGUUAAAAAUUGCGGAAAGAACUUAUCAUUUAAGACAACAAAUUCUAAAUGUAAAGCCGUAAUUCUGCCCCACCAAGGAGCUCAGCCUGUCUCUUCUUUUUCUCCUGGGAAUAAUCUUGGGCUUCUUCCUGAAUGCCUGCAACUUCCUUCCUCUUCUCUGGCUUGGCUUCCCUGUCUGCGCGCAUGCGUGUGCAGGAAUGGCUGUGUGCUCUGGACUGGCCCCAGCUGGAAGCAUGCUUUCUUUCCCCCCGUUAACCGUUGAAGAAACCUUCUAGCCCUAGAUGGAGCCAUUUUUGUCAAGUCGUCAACUGUAUUUUUGUACUGGGAUUAACAACAACAACAACAAAAUAUUAAUUGUUCCAUUAAACUUUAAUAAAACUUUAAAAGGAAA